CGAUCGUCUAACGAUUUCGUGAAACAAGACCUGACCAUGGCAUCGACAACUUUUGCUCUCGUUCUCUUCACCCUCUGCCUUGCCACCGGCAUUCAGGGUGACUCAACCCCCUACACAUCCUGCUCAACGGUCGCAGACCCGAUUGACUUCCGCAUGGACGGAUGUACCGAAACCCCCUGCGCUCUUUACCGAGGAGAAACAGCAUCCGCCGAAUGGGACUGGGAAGUCACCGCCGACACGACGACCCUUACGCCCCGCGUAAAGGCGAUAGUUCUCGGACUGAGCAUCAACUACGACAUCGGUCAGGAAGACGCCUGCGAUACUCUGACUAACGCCGAAUGUCCGUUGGACGCCGGAGAAGAGGUCACUUACGGCUUGUCGAUGCCGGUCCUGGCGUCCUACCCGAAGCUCAGUUUGACCAUCGAAUUCGCACUUUUGGACGACAACGGCGACGCCCAGGUCUGCUUCAGGGUACCCGUAAAGGUCCAGGACAGAUCGUAGUUACGUAAAAGCCGCGAUUGUAAUCGAUAAAUUUAAGAAAGAAUAUAUAAGGUUGUACAAAUUUUUGACUCGGA